GCAGCCACGGAGCAAGGAGCGGGGAGGAAACGUUAACUGGAGCUUGUGAUUAAUUCGCUCUUUUUUCUUUUUUUUCCUUUCCUUUUUUUUAUGUUUUUUGCUGUAGUUAGUUAACAGGCGUGAAGUAAUUUUUUCACAUGCUGCCCGUAUGGAAAACGAUUUUUGGGUGCAGCGAAUCCAGGCGCAAGGAGAGGUUCACUUAAAGACCAUUAAACACAGAUUGCACGGUUCAAGUUUUAUCUGCGUGGAGUAAAAAUAUUACUCCCCCCAACUGUCAGUGUGGACUAAUGAUGGCUCUAAUGGUUCACCUGAAGACGGCCGCUCACCUUCGGGGGAAAGGUGACAGGAUCGCCAAAGUUACAUUCAGAGGUCUGUCCUUCUACAGCCGUGUGGCGGAGAACUGUGAGGAGGUGGCCAACUUUAAUGAGACAUUUCGAUGGCCCAUUGCCAGCAGGCUGGAUGGAAACGAAAUGCUGGAGAUCCAAGUGUACAAUUACAGCAAAGUCUUCUCCAACAGACUGGUGGGGACUUUCUGUAUGGUACUUCAGAAGGUGGCUGAAGAGGGACACCUAGAGCUGACCGACACACUCAUCGAUGAUAACAACACAUCAAUAAAGACCAGUGUUACCAUAGAGAUCAGAUACCAGCCGAUGGAUGGCACAGUGGGAGUGUGGAGUGACGGGGAGUUCCUGGAUGUUCCUGACGACCGUGACGGGAUGUUUGCCUUUGAAACCGACAGCUUGCUGUCUGGACAAAGCCACGGGUCAGGGACGUCCCCCGGUCGAUCCUUACAGGGAUCCAUACCGACCUUCAGGAAAGCAGGGAGGGGAGUUUUCUCAGCCAUGAAGCUCGGCAAGAUCAAGAGCUCUAAAGACGAUCACAAGAGAGGAGAUGAGCCGGCGGUCCUGGACAUGGAGGACCUGGACAGGAAGGCGAUGCGUCUUGCAGGAACACUGGACCCAGACACCAUCUCUCUGGCCUCUGUCACCGCCGUCACCACCAACGUGUCAAAUAAGAGGUCAAAGCCAGAUAUCAAGAUGGAACCCAGCUCUGGACGACCAGUGGAUUAUCAGAUCAGCAUCACAGUGAUCGAGGCCCGGCAGCUGAUAGGCCUCAACAUGGACCCUGUGGUAUGUGUGGAGAUCGGAGACGACAAGAAGUACACGUCUAUGAAGGAAUCCACCAACUGUCCGUACUACAACGAGUAUUUCGUCUUUGACUUCCAUGUCCCUCCUGAUGUUAUGUUUGACAAGAUCAUCAAGCUCUCUGUGAUUCACUCUAAAAACCUUCUUCGGAGUGGGACCUUGGUGGGAACCUUCAAGAUGGAUGUUGGGACUGUUUACUCUCAGCCUGAGCACCAGUUCUACCACAAGUGGGCCAUCCUGUCUGAUCCUGAUGACAUCACAGCCGGAUGCAAAGGAUAUAUAAAGUGUGACAUUGCUGUGGUUGGAAAGGGCGACAACAUCAAGACGCCACACAAGGCCAACGAGACUGAUGAAGACGAGAUAGAGGGGAACCUCCUGCUCCCAGAGGGCAUCCCUGCAGAGAGGCAGUGGGCGAGGUUUUAUGUGAAGAUCUACCGUGCUGAGGGACUGCCUAAAAUGAACACCAGCAUCAUGGCUAAUGUGAAAAAGGCCUUCAUAGGAGAGAACAGAGACCUGGUGGACCCCUACGUUCAAGUGCAGUUUGCUGGGCAGAAGGGGAAGACUUCAGUCCAGAAGAGCAGUUAUGAGCCAAUCUGGAACGAGCAAGUCGUCUUCACUGAGCUGUUCCCUCCGCUCUGCAAACGGCUGAAGGUCCAGAUACGGGACUCGGAUAAGGUCAAUGAUGUUGCCAUAGGGACCCACUUUAUCGACCUACGCAAGAUAUCAAAUGAUGGUGAUAAAGGGUUCCUGCCGACCCUGGGCCCAGCCUGGGUCAACAUGUACGGCUCCACUCGUCAGUACACUCUGAUGGACGAGCACCAGGAUCUGAAUGAUGGACUUGGAGAAGGUGUGUCCUUCAGAGCCCGUCUCCUGUUGUCCAUCACUGUGGAGAUCCUGGACACCACUUCACCUGAGAUCAUCAGCUCCACUGAGGUUCAGGUGGAGUCUGUCUCCAAUAUCUCAGAGAGCGUCACAGGGAAAAUAGAAGAGUUCUUUCUCUUUGGAUCCUUCCUGGAGGCCACCAUGAUCGACAGGAAGAUCGGUGACAAAGCGAUAAGUUUUGAAAUCACGAUAGGUAACUAUGGCAACCAGAUCGAUGGUGUAAGCAAGCCCUCGUCGGCGAAGAAGAAGAAGAAAGACGGAGAGAACGAGGAGGAGGAGAGCGAGCUCAUCCAGAACUCCAGUGAGGAUGAGGCAGAUGAGGACGGGGACCUGGUCUCUGUCUCCUCCACUCCGUCCAUGAAGCCCGUCAUCACCGACAGAAAUUAUUUCCAUCUUCCUUAUUUUGAAAAGAAGCCAUGUGUCUACAUCAAGAGCUGGUGGCAGGACCAAAGAAGGCGACUCUACAACUCCAAUAUGAUGGAUAAGAUCGCUGAUAAGCUGGAGGAGGGUUUGAAUGAUGUUCAGGAGGUGAUUAAGACAGAGAAGGCCUUUCCAGAGCGCAGACUCAGGGGAGUGCUGGAGGAGCUCAGCGUUGGCUGCAGUCGGUUUGUGACUCUGGCUAACAAGGACGUGAACCAGGCAGGCAGAACCAAAUUGGAUCGAGAACGGCUCAAGUCCUGCAUGAGAGAGAUGGACAGCAUGGGCCAGCAGGCCAAGCAGAUUCGGACUCAGGUGAAGAAAAACACAGUCAGAGACAAACUGAAGCUGGCGCAGAACUUCCUGCAGAGGCUUCGCUUCCUCGCUGACGAGCCACAGCACAGCAUCCCGGAUGUUUUCAUCUGGAUGAUGAGCAACAACAAGCGCAUCGCUUACGCUCGGAUUCCCUCAAAAGACAUCCUGUACUCCAUAGUGGAUGAGGAAACUGGAAAAGACUGUGGUAAAGUCAAAGCUGUCUUCGUCAAGCUGCCCGGUAAGAAGGGGUUUGGUCCUGCAGGUUGGACUGUUCAGGCUAAACUGGAGUUGUAUCUGUGGCUGGGCCUCAACAAGCAAAGAAAGGACUUCCUCAACGGUCUGCCCAAUGGUUUCGAAGAGAUUAAAGCUGCUAAAAUGGGCCCUGGUCUUCAGUCUGUCCCUCCUGUCAGCCUCGUCUACAACAUGAAGCAGGUGUUUCAGCUGAGAGCACACAUGUACCAGGCCCGGAGUCUGUUUGCUGCUGACAGCAGUGGGCUUUCAGAUCCCUUCGCUCGGGUCUUCUUUUCCACUCACAGCCAGGUUACUGAGGUCCUGAGCGAGACUCUGUGCCCUACGUGGGACCAGCUGCUGGUGUUUGACGAUGUGGAGCUGUUCGGGGAGGCCAGCGAGCUAAGAGACGACCCACCAAUCAUUGUAGUUGAAAUCUACGACCAGGACACUGUGGGCAAGGCAGAGUUCAUAGGUCGGACGUUCGCGAAGCCCACCAUCAAGAUGUGUGACGAGCACUACGGCCCCCCGAGGUUCCCACCACAGCUGGAGUACUACCAGAUUUACAGAGGGAACUGCACUGCUGGGGAACUGCUGGCUGCCUUUGAGCUGCUGCAGAUUGGUCAAGGAGGCAGGGCUGAUCUUCCUCCCCUUGAGGGGCCAACAGACUCUGAGCGUGGGCCCAUUCUUCCUGUGCCGUUGGGCAUCCGGCCCGUCCUGAGCCGCUACCGCAUUGAGGUUUUGUUCUGGGGUUUAAGGGACCUGAAGAGGAUUAACCUGGCUCAGGUGGAUCGGCCACGUGUGGAUAUAGAGUGCGCAGGAAAAGGUGUUCAGUCUGCGCUCAUCCAGAAUUACAAGAAAAACCCCAACUUCAGCACUCUGGUUAAAUGGUUUGAGGUGGACCUUCCAGAAAACGAGCUCCUGCACCCUCCUCUCAACAUCCGGGUGGUGGACUGUAGAGCGUUUGGCCGCUACAUCCUGGUUGGGUCCCACGCUGUCUCCAGCCUGAGACGUUUUAUCUACAGCACUCCAGACAAGACUUCCAACAACUGGGCCACUGCAGCUAAGCUAAUGAAUGGCUACAUGGUCCUUACUAAUGGCGGCUCCCAGCCUCGCUCCUCACCCAGCCUUUCCUCCCGCACCCUCUCUCGCCCUGCAGGUGACAUCAUCGUCAACAUGGACUCCGAUACUUCAAUCCGAAAGAUGGACACAGUUGUGAAGCUGGAUGCUAUGUCUGAUGCUGUUGUAAAAGUUGACAUGACAGAGGAGGAGAGUGACAAAGAGAAAAAGAAGAAGAAGAAGAAAAAGAAGGGAGGAGUCGAGGAAGAAGAUGAGACAGACGAGAGCGUGCUGGACUGGUGGUCCAAAUAUUUUGCUUCAAUAGAGACACUGAAGGAGACUCUCAGAGCCCAGGAGGCAGCUCAGGCUGAGGCAGAGGAGAGAGAGGACCUGGAGAUAGCAGCAGAGACAGCAGAUAUCAAACCCGAUGACCUUCUUCUGAAAGGCUCCAAGACAAAAGAAAAGAUCAAAGAGAAGAAGAGCUCCAAGGACAAGAAGAAGAGUCAGGCUGCAGACGGCGCUGAGAAACAACCGGUUAAAGCGAAAGUGGACGAGCUGAUGGUGUACAACAAGGAGCUAGAGAGUGAGUAUGGCAACUUUGAAGACUGGCUUCACACUUUCAACCUGUACAGAGGAAAAGCCGGGGACGAUGACGAACAUGCUCUGGAUGACGACAGGAUUGUUGGCAGAUUCAAGGGAUCCCUAUGUAUGUACAAGUUACCUCUGUCUGAGGAGAUCACCAGAGAGGCAGGAUUUGAUCCCAAUAUGGGCAUGUUCCAGAGCAUCCCACAUAAUGAUCCAAUCAACGUCCUUGUCCGUGUCUAUGUGGUCAGGGCUACAGAUCUCCAUCCUGCUGAUAUCAAUGGUAAGGCUGAUCCAUAUGUUGUCAUCAAGCUGGGCAAGUCAGAGAUUAAAGACAAAGAGAACUACAUCUCCAAACAGCUCAAUCCUGUAUUUGGCAAAUCAUUUGACAUCGAGGCCACGUUCCCCAUGGAGUCUAUGCUCACGGUGUCUGUGUACGACUGGGACCUGGUUGGCACUGACGACCUGAUCGGAGAGACAAAAAUUGACCUGGAGAAUCGUUUCUACAGCAAAUACAGAGCCACCUGUGGCAUUUCAUCCAACUACUCUCUCCAUGGAUACAAUGUUUGGCGAGACCCUAUGAAACCCAGCCAGAUCCUGGCUAAGCUCUGUAAGGACGGCAAGAUUGAUGGACCUCAUUAUGGGCCCGGAGGAAAAGUGAAGGUGGCGAGUCGAAUCUUCCUGGGACCAACAGAGAUUGAAGAUGAGAAUGGUCUGAAGAAGCAGACUGAGGAGCAUUUGGCUCUGACGGUGCUGAACCACUGGGAGGAGAUCCCCAGAGUGGGCUGCAAGCUCGUCCCCGAGCACGUGGAGACCAGACCCCUGCUGAACCCCGACAAGCCUGGAAUCGAACAGGGCCGUAUUGAGAUGUGGGUGGAUAUGUUUCCUAUGGACAUGCCUGCUCCUGGACCCGCGAUUGACAUAUCACCACGGAAACCAAAGAGAUAUGAGCUCAGGGUGAUUAUUUGGAAUACAGACGAAGUAAUACUGGAGGACGAUGAUUACUUCACUGGGGAAAAGUCCAGUGACAUAUUUGUCAGGGGGUGGCUGAAAGGGCAGCAGGAGGACAAGCAGGACACAGAUGUGCACUAUCACUCCUUGACUGGCGAGGGCAACUUCAACUGGCGCUUCGUCUUCCCCUUUGAUUAUCUCAUGGCCGAGGAGAAGAUUGUCAUCUCGAAGAAAGAGUCCAUGUUCUCCUGGGAUGAGACCGAAUACAAGAUCCCUCCUCGCCUCACGCUGCAGGUGUGGGACGCCGACCACUUCUCGGCUGAUGACUUUCUGGGUGCAAUUGAGCUGGAUCUAAACCGGUUCCCCCGCGGCGCCAAGACAGCCAAGCAGUGCUCCCUCGACAUGAUCCGGAACGAGCAGGAGCUUCCCACCAUUUCCAUCUUCAAACAAAAGAGGGUGAAAGGCUGGUGGCCGUUUGUUGCCCGUGAUGAAAACGAUGAGAUGGAGCUCACGGGCAAAGUUGAGGCUGAGCUUCACCUGGUGACGGCAGAAGAAGCAGAGAAAAGUCCUGUAGGGUUGGGACGAAAUGAGCCGGAUCCACUGGAGAAACCAAAUCGCCCAGACACCACCUUCCUGUGGUUCCUGAGCCCGCUGAAAGCCAUCCGCUACCUGGUGUGCAACCGCUACAAGUGGCUGAUCAUCAAGAUCGUGCUGGCCCUGCUGCUGCUCAUCAUGCUGGGCCUCUUCCUCUACAGCAUGCCGGGCUACCUUGUCAAGAAACUGCUGGGAGCCUGAAGGGCUGCUGGGAGGACUAGGGGUGGGGUGGGCGGGUGGCUAGCCAGAUGGGUUCCAGGAAUGGGAAGGGGGAGACAUGGAGGGAGGACGAGGAAUCUCCCUCAAGUCUCAGAGAAAGUCGCUGUGAGAGAGGUCCGAUUGCAUUAUUUCUCCUCUCUGAUACAUUCUGAUCUUCCUGUACAGCUCGCCACCGUCCACCUUAGCUCAGAGGAGAGAGGCAGAAACUACCCAAAAUACCCUCCACCCCCCAAAAGUCAUGAGAAACACUAACACUCUAAUCCUCUAUCCAACCUGCAGCAAGCCUAACAGAUCUCAUGCUCAAUAUCUAGACCUCAUCCUUGAACUGACUAAACAGCAAUCACAUGCCACAAAGACUUACUGUAGUACGUCUUCAAGCAGCAUCACAUGACAGUGAAUGUUUCUUUAUCUGUUUAUGCCGCUUUUAAUUUAUUUAUUUAUUUAUGAAGCUGAAUCAGAGUGUUGGGUUAGUGGUCAGACGAUUGCAUGAAUAUUCAUUUCAAGUGAUGCUGUAAGAUCUCCCAUUAUUACUGCUACAAUGUCUGCUAUUGAUUUUCUGUUAAUAGGGAAUAAAUGAACAAUAUUUUUGGUAACACUUUGCUUUAACCACCUGUAUACAGCAUUUAUAAGCACCAUAUAAACAUUUAAUAAAUGGAUUUACUGUAUCACACACUAUGAUAUAUUUAAUUACAUACAAGGAUAUUUUAAGUGUUAAAGAACAAACAGCAUUUGUCAGCCAUAACUUCUGUGAAGACAUAUUUUACCUUACCUUUUACAGCUAUCACUUCUGUCUGCAUACAGCUACAUUAUAGUGUCAUAUUAUAUUCAAUGAAAUCUUUAUAUGCAGCUUUUAAAUGCUAAAUGUGGGUGAGAAGAGCUGAAGUGUUACCAUUUUUCGCUGUUAUAGCUCUUGCAGUCUUUGCACAUUUCAAGAAUAAUAAUGAAGAAACAAAAAAUAAAGAUGUCUAUUUUCCUAAUGAAAUUCAAUGAGACACAGAACAAGAUGACUUCCAAAUUAGACAACUAAUAAAACAAUGAAUAAGCUUUCUGGAGGGUUUGGUUAAACUGUAAUGUUUAACCUCUCCCAUCAAAGCAACCAAGCCAGACUCGGGUCAAACAGUAUUUGCAAAUAAUUUGAAAAUAUUUUUAUUAAACACAUUUUUUUAAAGAAUAAUAAACACAUGGAUGGUACAAGCACAGUUCAGCAGAUUCUCUCAGAAUGCCCUAUGCUUCAUCAGUAUUUUGUGUAAAUUCUUUCCUCAUGUCACUGCACUGUGUCACAACGAUAAAAUCCUCAUGGGAGAAUAAAACAAAUUAUUUGCAAAUAUCAUUUGACUGAUUAAAAAGUCCUCAAAUGCAACAAGUACUUAGAGGUUAUUACUGUUUCCUCCUAAAUGUAGAAUUAUAUGUCAGUAUGCAUGCAUCAUCAUGAUAACUGACCACAGAGGUCUGUUGUCAGUGUUGGCAUGACUUGUCUCUCCAGCUCGAUACAAACCAAGUCACAGACUCUAUUGUCUUACAUUAACCUACAGAUAAUGUCAGGAUGGAAAUACAAUAAAGUGCACUUGAGCGGAGUAGUAAAACAGGUCAGGGUUGAUUUUGAAAACUCUGGCCCUGUCUCCAUAUCAGAUGGCAUUGUUUGCAGUGUCCAUUAUCCCCAAAUUUUGCCUGUGCUUGACCUCAGUUGUGUUGCGGUCUUUGUUUGUGAUUCUGUGUUUCACCAGUUACAGAGUUAUUGUUUGCACUAAACUUGCCUGUUUUUAUGAUGAAUUUGUGUAUUUAUAUAUCUGUUGAAAUGUGUGCAAUAUUUAUUAUUUGUCUGUUUUAGCAAUUUGAAAUAAACUAAAAUCCACGUACUACGUUUGGACAAUGUUGCUAGCACCUCAGUGUGUUAAAGUGGAUGUGAAUCAUCUUUUACUCUGAAUGACAUUUCUGUUUUCAUGACUUACUUUUUAACUGUUAUUUUGGCUUAAGCUAUCAGCUACACUUCAGCUGACACUUCAACCACUUUUAGUGCUUGAACCUAAGACUCUUUUCAGCACUUUCACUUCAACAUCACUCUGGUUAAACUUCAGGUGACACUUCAACCUCCUUCAGUAUUUCUUAUUUCAACUGUCACAGUCAUCUCCAAGGUGCUUUUUUUUUUGCUACUGUUUGGAAAUGCGGUUUCAUGUCUGAAUCUCUCUGUGCAGUCGUCCCAACGCCAGUAUGUCGUGGCUGCUGAGCCCGGUGAGGACGAUGUGUAUCCUGGCCUGGAGGCACUACAAGGUUCACUGUGUGG